AUGAAAGCGGAUAGCGAACACAACUCUAUUCUUGGCAAGGGACGGGACAGUGUUCGUUUGGUCUCAAAUGACGAGUUUGGUGACGGCGUCUACAUCUUUGACAUCAAUCACAUGCCAUGGCCUGCUGCUUGGACGACUGCAACAAAGAACUGGCCCUAUUCGGGUGAAAUAGACGUGCUCGAAGGUGCCAAUGCAAACUCCAACAGCUCCAUCGCCAACCUGCGUACUCUUGGUCUCAUCACUGCCAACUCCGCUCUCGCCAACAUGGGCUCCACUCCUGGCAAUACAUCCUACUCUGGUCAAAAUGCUGUCUCGCUACACACCGCUCCCAACUGCCCUCUCAAGGAUAGACCAACAGGCACGAUGACUGGGUUAGUCGGCCAGAGUGAUUGCAGUGGUUUGUCGAACGGCAAUUCUGGUUGUGGCGUCAUUGUUCCUGGGAAGAGUUUCGGUGGUGAUUUCAAUACCAAUGGUGGCGGUAUUUAUGCCAUGUAUAGGAAUCUACACAACUCCAGCAUGGUUCAGACCUGGUUCUGGCCCAGAGAUGUUGCUCCACCAGCAGAUGUGGCUAAUGUCUCCUCCGCUACGGUCGAUCCAUCAACGUGGGGCACACCCGUUGCUUCAUUCACAUUCCAAACCCCCGGCUGUGGAGGACAAUUCCACAAGCACGUAAUCGUUCUAAACAUUGAUUUCUGCGGUGACUAUGCUACGGCGACAUACGCGGCCAAUGGUUGCCCAGGAGAAUGCGAGGCAUUUGUCAAGUACAAUCCUCAAGCUUUCACUGAAGCGUUCUUUGAAUUCCGAUCAGUACGAUUUUAUGGUAAUUCGGCAUUCGCCUCCUUCCAACCAUCCUG